AUGGGUCCGUCCCAUGGCAUGCAGCGAAGCCGCCCAAACGCGGGCCCCACCUCUGGAAAUCAUAUGUCGUUGGUAGAGCCGCCUGACCUAACGCAGCAUCUUCAAUUUGGGAUGAACAACAUGGAGUAUGUCAUGGUUCCAGACGUUCCGGAGGAGCGUCGCAAUCGCACAGACGUGGAAAAAGAGCGUGAGAUGCAACACCGCUUCGGAGAGUAUGGCCCUGGUGAGCGACUGGUGAAGAGCUCACAGCAGACGCGGCGUGACAUGCUGCAGGAGCAGCAAGAUGUCGAUGGACUUCCUUGGGAGAUGCGGUGGCGAAGGGAGAUGAUACCAACUGCGGAGGAAAUGAUUCAGGAGGUUCGCGAUCGUUUUGACCUCUACAUUCGGAUCCUAUUGAGCGAGAGCAGGAGUGGUACCCGCACUGGAAGGAUCGAUCCUUCAAGAUUCAGAAGGAUCGUAUGA